AUGAAGUUCUCAUUGGUCAUUCUCGCGAUUUCUGCCACCCUGGCUAUCGCUACACCUACAAUGAACCCGCGUCAUACGUCCGACGAAGGGCCCGCGGGAAUGGAAACUGCUAAGCGCGGCACGGCCGUAUUCAUGGCCAAUGACCGCGAAGCCGAUACUAAAAAGCGCGGCACGGCCAUAUUCAUGGCGAAUGACCGCGAAGCCGAUAUUGAAGAGCGCGGUACGGCCAUAUUCAUGGCGAAUGACCGCGAAGCCGAUAUUGAAGAGCGCGGCACGGCCAUAUUCAUGGCGAAUGACCGCGAAGCCGACAUCUAG